GGAGAGAGAAAGGGGGAGAUACUGACACACCGACAGCAGCCCUCAGAACGCACCGUGGAGCAGCGGAGCAGCCGGCGGUCCUGUGCGCUCCUCACCGGCGCUUUCUGACGCACCGUGCGCGCUUUGGAUGAUUGGAUCGAGAGGAAAAAGGUCAAGAAGAAGAGAGAGGAAGCGGCUUCUGGAGCUACCUGCUGCUACAACAGUGGAGUUACCCGCUCAGGACUGAAGUUCCAGCCACCUGCGACAGUGAGGAUUAAUCCAGCUGAUGGGGAAAAACAAGAAACUCUCCAAGGUGCGUCUUUUUCACACUUUAAAAACAAACCAGCUGUGAUGCGUCUUGGGAAGUGAGGAACGCAGCUGUUUGUAGCUCUGCAGCUGAGAGAGAAGACAGUUAGUUUAAAGCGUAAAAAACAGAAGAAGAGGACGAAUAGAAGGCGCAGGACGGAGCUGGAUAUGGAUGGUGUUGUCGGAUCGCCGCAGCCUGCAGCUGGGACGCGCUGUGCGUCUGAGCCGCGACGUUUCUCAUCAUGAUACGCGAUCAAAAGUGCACCUGACCGCGAAUGUAACAGUACCUGAGGCCAAUCCACACGGAUCUACUAUGUCCUUAGCACAGAGCAGGAAGUCAACUCUGUUCCAGUUCCUGACCUUCGUCCUGCUGCUGGUGGCUCCUGGCUGCCUGUCGUCCCCUCAGAGGACCUCCUGGGUUUCAGCGUGGGGUCCUUCUGGUGAGGCUUCAUCGGGGCGUCCGGUUCGAUCACGACGGCAGCUCCACUUCAGGAACGAGUGGGCGACGUGGGGCGGCUGGUCGGUUUGUUCACGCAGCUGUGGGAGUGGAGCUUCAGUCCGGACACGAACCUGCAUCACCAGGAACCCUGUUGGUGGACCAUGUGCAGGAGAUCCCAGACAAUACAAGAUCUGCAACACCAAGGAGUGUCCGUCCGGCUCGGAGGACUUCAGGGAGAUGCAGUGUGCUGCCUUCAAUGACAGACCGCUGGUGGCUGGAAACUCCUUCAGAUGGACAACAUUUCACGGAGGCUCUAACCCCUGUGAACUCAGCUGCCUGGCUCUGGGUCACAACUUCUACUACAACUUUGGCCGAGUGCUCGACGGAACGUCCUGCAGCAAGGAGCCGGGGGCAGUUUGUGUCAACGGACGCUGUCUGAAGCCCGGCUGUGACUCCAUCUUGGGCUCGAAGCAACAGGAAGACGCCUGCAUGGUUUGUGGAGGACACAACACCACCUGCCUGCACCACAAGAGUGUGUACCAGAGCAACGGUCUGGAGGCAGGAGGGCCGUUUGGAUACAACGAAGUGGCCAUGAUACCAGCUGGAGCCACUCACAUCCGAGUCACCGAUAACAGCAGGAAUUAUCUUGCCCUGCAGAACGGUCGAUCCCAGUUUGUGAUCAAUGGGAACUGGAAGAUCAGCGUUCCUGGAGAGUACAACGUGGCCGGGACCAAGCUGCUGUACAGACGCUCAGCAGAUACCUGGGAGAGCUUCGAGGUGCCAGGACCCACCCAGGAAGAUCUACAUCUGAUGGUUCUAUCGACAGACAGGAACCCAGGGAUCGAGUACGAGUACUGGCUGCCUCCGGACCAGUACGACCUCUACCAUGGGAGGAGGAGUCCACUGCGUCAGGCUCACCACACAGCCAGCUACCUGCCCUGGGAUCAGCCCACCACUACAACCACUACCACCCCUGCUACCACCACCCGACCUCCUCCAGCCACCACUCGACCCCACUGGUAUUUAAGGCCUGUGAAGCCGCCACGUCAAACUCCUCACCACAACCGCCACCAGCGUCCUCAUCAGCCCGUCCUGCCUCGUCUGGAGCGAGAGGAGAACCACAGGAACCUGCUGCCUCAGCCUUCACCUGGAAGGCAUUGUGGGAAAUGCCAUCGAGUUAAAGGUCGAAGGGAGCGCCAGAGACAGUAUUGUCAGAAGGACUUUGUUUUCAGAGGCAGAGUCCUGGGGAAGCUGUACCGAGGCGAGGAGACCCGCUACGACGUCCAGAUCAUCCACACCUACCGGAACCGCUUCCGCCUGGAACACCGGGAGUUCCUGUGGGUCCCGAACGUGUGCGACUGCCCUCAGCUGGAGGUGGGGCGGCAGUACAUCAUGAUGGUGCGACGCCACAUCAACUACGAGCGCACGCUGAACCGGAUCCUGCUGGAGGAGGACAGCUACGUGGUGCCGUACCGACCCAGAGAGGACGAGCAGCUGCGACCGUUGGAACGGCUCUGCAGCAACACCGGACCCAAACAACCUGCAGAACUCAGAGGAUGAAGGCUCAAACUGAAGCUUCAUUCACCUUUAAUCCUCCAUUUCUGGACCUUCAGAGCUUCAUCAGACUCCUUGUGAUCGGUGGUGAAUCCAGAGUGGCCUCACUGGAGAUGGAUGGAGCUGGAAAGCCUCUUUAAAAAAAACAAAAACAAAAAAAAAAAAAACUCGCCACGUUAAGAAACCAAAAAGAUGUUUAUUUAAAAGCCUUACUGUACCAUGUAGAGCACUUUAGGUGGACGCUUGUGCCCACCUUUAAACACAAACCAAAGAGAAGAACAUUGACUGAAAUGGCCUUUUUGUUAAUGCUGUGUUUCCACAGCUACCAUUUAUUUUUUUAUAUUGCAUUUGUGUGUGUGUGUGUGUGUGUGUGUGUGUGGGUGCGUGUGUGUGUGUGUGUGUGUGUGUGUGUGUGUGUGUGUGUGUGCGUGUGUUUGUUUGUAAACUUCAAGGAAAAAUCCACCUUAAAAACAGAGACUUUGAAUUCCGCUCAGCAGAAUUUAGACUUUCUUUCUGCCUUUUCCUGCCUAAAUUUAUCAGACGUUGCACCAACCAAUUCCAGCAACUCAGCAGAGUUUGUACGGCAGCAAAUAAAACAUCAGCAGCAAACACUGAUGGGUUUUUGUGUCCCUCGGGCCAACUUUGAGUCAUAAAUUUGUCAAAAAAACGUUGCUUGUGAAGAUAAUAUAGCUAGCGAGUUGGCUGCCACCACAGCAUUGUUUAGUUUUUGCUUUCUAGGAUCACAAAGUUGUCAGUCGGAUCAUAGAUAUGUUUCUUCUUGGGGUGUCCUUUGGUAUCUGGCACCGGAAAACUGCCGUCAGAACCUUUGGGUUGCAGUGUGGAACCCCGUGGAUGAGGUUUGUAACGAUGCAUCCCAUAGAUGCUCACUUAGAUCUGGAUCUGUGGGAGUUUGGAAGCCAGAUCCAGGCCAGGGCUCUUGGUCGUGUUCCUCAAGCUGUUUCUCAGCAGCUUUAAUGGUUUGGCCGGUCGAGGUACCUGCUGCCUUUCAGUAUCAACAUUGCAAAGUGUGAAUGCCUUUGCCACUUUUACACCAUAUGAGAAAGAGCUUUUAUCAGCUUUUUAAAAAAUUAUUCCAGAUUUUCUAUGGAGAUGCAGUCAGCUUACAAAGUCACCCCAAUCAUUCGUGAAGGAUUAAUUCUCUCUAAAAAGAAUUACUCAGGUUUCCUGGUGUAAAUGUCAGUAUUUUUUCAUAUUACAGUGUCAGUCUCUUCCAUCAUUGUGCAACUCUAUUAGGUGUCAAACACAAAUGUCAGGAGCCAAGCACAAAAGUGCAUUUGAACGAGGUGAGGUGAUUUUAAUGUUGUGGCUGAUUGGUUUAGUUAAAAUAAUUAAUACUGUAACACAAACCUGACAUUUCAUUAUUUUUAAUGAUAUUAAAACUUGGAAAUGGGGAAAAAAUGUUUUCAAAACCAGCAGCUCUUCCCAUUAUUUGACUUGUUUCUGUACUAUAUUUGGAGCAAACAGCCCAGAUAGUAAUGCUGGUACUAAAUUUAACCAUUCUAGCUUCACAUCUGUAAAUCUGCAGCUGAUUGCAACAACUUUAGGUACAUUUUAAGUAAUAAAGCAUUCUGAAAAAUGUAUAAAAGUAGAAUUAAUGUGCCAAAACUGAAACAGUGAGCAUUACAGACUGACUGGAUCAGACGGUGGAUUUUUCUUUAAUCUCUACUCAUGAUAUCUAACAUAAUACUGCUUCACAAUGUAUUUAUAUAUAAAAAUAAGCUUAAAUCAUAACACAUUACCUGUGUGUCGCUCGUGUGAUGUCCUUCGUAGCGUCUGCGUUGCUUAUUUGUGUUUUUAUAGUGUGUUAAAUCAGGUCUGCUCUUUGAUACUUUACAUGAAAGAGAGUUUUUUGGAAUAUACAGUAUUUUAUUGUGUGGCACUGAUUAGCUACAACAGUAUAAUUUGCUUUGCGACAGCUUCCUCUUUGUGCCUUGUGUAGUGCUUUUGAAUUAUCACAUUUGCUCUCAAACCUCAUAUCCAUGUGCCAAAAGAGUUUUUUUAUGUCUAUGCAGUGUUGGAAUAAUGGCGGCUUUUACAUAGAAACUUCCUGAAGAAGUUCACAAUUUGGAGGUAAAGUUAGAGAAAAGACACAAAAACAGCGAUUUUUGUAAGAAAACAGUGUAUUUACAAAAAUCUUUACAUCUAAAUGAAACACUAAACUAAACUGCAGAUAAUAUAAAUGUACAUAUAUUUUUUUUUAACUGUGCCAGAUGACUGCUCAUUAACUGUACAGGAGUCAUCACAGACACUCAGCUCAGCUUCAGACAUUCUUGGAGGGGAUGGACAUUAGUGGUGAAUAUGUAAGUGGAUGAUGAGCUGUAGGGCAGCAUAAUGAGAACAUACAGCUUCUUUCUCACUGUAAAUCAAACACAAAGUGUUUCUUCCUGUCCUGACCUUUCACAAUAUGGUAUUUUUCUGUUUGACUGUAGCCAAGUCGCUCUCGGAAACCUUCCGUCACUCAGCAUUUAAAAAUCUGUUUCAUUUCUGCUCCUGUGAUCUCGGACACUUCAGGUUUUGUUUGAACACAUGAACAAAUUGUUGAGUCGCAGGCGAGAAUCAUGAGCUGAAGUGUUUGAACGGAUCACAAGAUGCAGCUAAACUGGUUCAGUUUGUAAAUGUUCUGCUUUGUAAAUGUCAGCACUAAUUGAAAUAAAGCUCACACAGUUAUUCUGUGUAAAUACA